AUGACCCGUGCCUACCUGCCUUCGUACACACGAUCAAACUACGAUACGAGGUAUUUGUAUACAACUCUGCUGUAUCCGCUCUACGGGCCACAAGUUGUGGUUCUGUCUAAUGAGACCCAGAGACUAGACAAGCCAUCUCCAAGAUUGGGUGGAUGGAAGUGUUGCCACAACAACCACAAAAACAACAACAACAACAACAACGAAAACAACAACCACAACAACAACAACAAUCGCAACAACAACAACUACCAGAACUACAACAACCACCACAACAAUCACAACAACCACAACAUCAACAACAAUCACAACAACAACAACAACUCAUUGAAAUACGACUACAUAGCGCUCUAA